UCCAAGAAAGGAAUUCUUGGAUUUCUACUUUGCUCCCAGUAACACAUACGUUCCAUUCUUCACUCCCCAUGAAUUGCCUAGCAUUUGACUAAAUGGUAUGGAGUUCUAACGAAGCUACUCGGGGCUACGUGCUUGGAUGAACACCGGUGAUCACAAACCCUUAUUAGCACGAACUCCACACAUCCAUCCCAAGUCCAUGAAUCCAUCUGUGGCAAGGCCUCCAGCACCUGUAUGCACCUUCAGAUGCCCUGGAGCUGCAGUUAUAGGCCCAGCCUUCCUCCUCUAGCGCCACACUCUCGCCUGGAAUAUUCGUUCUGAUGAGACAGACUGCAGAAUCCUUUGAAAUGCACAUUACUCCACUUCCAAGGCCAGGACUACAGCACAGUUAAUAUGACCUCCACAAGACAUGAAGGCACAGGCUCUGCUGUGUGUCUUCUUCGCUGUCACGUUGUACCCUCAUGGAUCUUUUGGUAACUUCUUUGACCUAUUCUUCCCAGUCCUCUUGAGUCACCGUAACAGUGAUAACGAGCAACUCAUUCUUGGAAGAUAUGAUGAAGAUGUCAUUCUCCCUUGCCUGUUUACGAGUGGGUCUCAAGUUGUAAUUCACUGGAUAAAUCAAGAUAACUAUGUUCACAGUUACUACAGUGGCAAGGACCAAUUGGAAAAUCAGUAUUUUAGAUAUGCAAACAGGACAUCCCUCGUUCCUAGUGAAAUUAGCAAUGGAAAUGCCUCUUUAACUGUUAGAAGAUUGAGUCUUCAGGAUGAAGGAAUUUAUAUCUGCUACGUGGGAACAACAAGUACACAUACUAGAAACACAGUGGUGCUAAAAGUGGGAGCUUUUCACACACCUUUAAUAACAUAUGAAAAGAGAGACACAGAGAGCUUUCUGGUAUGCAGUAUCCCGAGUGUUUACCCUUAUCCACACAUCACGUGGAAAAUGGACAAUACAAAUGUCUCUAACAGCAGUUUACAAGAAACCAGAGCUCUGGGCCCUUUUAAUAUUAGUAGUACACUGAAUAUUACAGGAUCAAAUUCAUCUUUUGAGUGUACUAUUGAAAAUUCACUUCUCAAUCAAACAUGGAGAGGAGAGUGGACAUUGGCAGGUAGUCAUCGGAAGAAUGAAAGUGACUCUAUUUCUCUCUGGUGUACAACCAGCCGCAAUUUUUCUCUACUAAAUCAAGAUUUCCAAGUUUCUUGGUCCAAGGUAGUAAAUGGGGCACCCUCGAUCUUGGAUUGGCAUCCGAACUCUUCACAGGACACAACUACUAAUGACCCUCAAUUCUCAGGGAAUAAAGAGCUGAGAUAUUUCUCCCUAAUGUUGAAAGAUCUUCGUGCUUCAGACAGUGGGGAAUACUUGUGUAAUGUUUCUUCUACUGACUACACAUUACUCACCGUCCACAGGCUGCAUGUAGAUUCCAGUUUUUUACAGAACAAACGUUUUGGAAUUUUGAUGUCGACUUUACUGCUUCUGAUGUUGCUAGCAGCAUAUCGCUAUUACUAUAAAGUGAGAAGAGACUCCAAUGACUCUGAAGGGACCAGAAGAUACACAUACUCUGCUGCUGGAGACCAAUGCGUCCAGGUUCCCCAGCCAGAGGAAGAAGCACAAUGUGGUUCUGAUGAAGUAAACAAUCACAAUUCAGAAAUGUGCCCUGUCUCUGUUGAUGAGAGUGUUGUGCGUGGUGAUAACUCCAAUGGAUAUGACGUACAGCAUUGUGGAGACCCACAGAUGUGAGCCUAUUCCACCCAGACAGGAGAUCAGAGAGUUUGAGCUUAUUUUUGCUCUUUCAAAGUUGUUGACAACAGGCGUGGCUACAAAUCCUGAACUAGGGUGUGGUUUCUUGGUGUUUUAGACAUUAGCAUGGCCCAUGGAGGUGGAUCUGCUCUACUCUGGCCAAAGGUCAGAGAAUUCAAACCUAUUCCUGCUCCUUCAUUGUAAAAUAGAAAAUUUUGGCAUAGGGAAUGGCUGCCUAUGGAAUACUUGGUCUAGGGUGUAUCCUGCCCCAAGCAUCAAAUGCUUUACCCAGGAAAUAAUGGCUUGAUGUCUCAAGUAUUGAAGCAAGUAACUGUUCUGGUGCUCUUUGUGUCAUGUUGAAGCAAUCACUUGCAUUCUUCCCCCUUUUGUACUGGAGUAUAAACACAUAUGAAAAUUAAACGUGGGUGAAUUCAGUAUUCAGUAUAUACUGAGUUGCCGCUACUAUCCUA